UUUAAUUUGUCGCCAACCCUUUUCAAGAGCCAAAGAAGGACUUAAAAAGACAUGGAAACGGUGGGGAAAUUUGAAUUCAGCCGGAAAGACUUGAUCGGCCAUGGAGCUUUUGCGGUGGUUUUCAAAGGGAGACACAAAGAGAAACCUGAACUGGAGGUCGCGAUCAAAUGCAUUAACAAGAAAAACCUGGCAAAAUCCCAAACCCUCUUGGGGAAGGAGAUUAAAAUACUCAAGGAACUGAAACACGAAAACAUUGUGGCCUUGUAUGAUUUCCAGGAAAUGGCCAACUCUGUUUACUUGGUUAUGGAGUACUGCAAUGGGGGUGAUCUGGCAGAUUACUUGCAAAGUAUGAGGACACUCAGUGAGGACACGAUCCGACUCUUUCUCCAACAAAUUGCUGGCGCCAUGAAGGUGUUGCAUAGCAAAGGGAUAAUCCAUCGGGACCUGAAGCCUCAAAAUAUUCUCCUUUCCUUUGCGGGGGGCAAGAAAUCGAAUCCCAAUAACAUCCGUAUUAAGAUCGCUGAUUUUGGAUUCGCACGGUACCUGCAAAAUAACAUGAUGGCUGCGACGCUCUGUGGGUCCCCGAUGUACAUGGCCCCAGAAGUCAUCAUGUCACAACACUAUGACGCCAAAGCUGACCUGUGGAGUAUUGGCACCAUCAUUUACCAGUGUCUGACGGGAAAAGCACCCUUCCAGGCCAGCAGCCCUCAAGAUCUCCGACUCUUCUACGAGAAAAACAAGACGUUAAUGCCCAACAUCCCCAGAGAGACAUCCAGCCACUUGAGACAGUUGCUGCUUGGACUCUUGCAACGAAAUCACAAGGACCGCAUGGAUUUUGAUGAAUUUUUCCAUCACCCUUUCUUGGAUGCAAGUGCCUCUAUGAAAAAAUCUGCUUCUGUGCCAAUGCCUUCUUACCCAAGCUCCGGGAGUUCCUCCAGCAGCUCGUCCACUUCCCAUUUAGCAUCUCCACCUUCCCUCGCAGAGAUGCAUCAUCUGCAGGAGAAGGUCUUGGCCUCCCCUACCCAGGAUUCUCCCGGCUUCCUGCACGGGUCGAAGGAGUCAGCAGGCAGCAGUAGCAAGAAUUCCUCCUGCGACAUCGACGACUUCGUCAUGGUGCCAGCCCAGUUUUCUAGUGAUAUCGCGGUGGAAGCUGCUGGAGGGAAAACCAUCCAGGACAGCCUGAUGUGUAGCGGGAGUUCCCUGGUGACUUCAGCAGGUUUGGAAAGUCAGGGGAGGACUCCGUCUCCUUCGCCUCCGUACAGCAGCUCUCCCAGCCCAUCAGGCAGGCCUGGCCAGUUUUCAUCGGGCAGCAAAUAUGGGCAGUCCGUCCCCAUCCCGGUCCCGACGCAGAUCCACAACUACAGGCGGAUCGAGCAGAACCUUCAGUCUCCCAAUCAGUACCCUUCUCCACGGUCCGGUGUGGUCAGGAGAUCGAGUAGCACGAGUCCGCUCGGUUUCACCAAGGCCAGCCCUUCCCCUCCGUUCGCGGCCGGAGAGCAUGGAGCCGUACCAGGUUCCAGGAGGUUCUCCUUCGGUGGUGCAAAGCCUUACACGCCCUCCCCGCAAGUUGGAACAAUCCCCGAGCAGCCUGACCAGACCAUUAUCCCUUCCCCUCUUGGAGCAGAGAUGAGAAGCGGGGUACCCGUGCCUGGUGCCUCCGUGCCUGACCCUUCCCCGCGAGGGAUGGGCUCCCGCCUGCACAGCGCCCCAAACCUGUCAGAUAUGCAUUCCUGCCGGCAGAAGAUCACCAAGCAAUACUCGGAUCCUUUGGUCGCCCAUUUCAGCCACGCCUCCCAGUUCAGCCAUGCGCCAGCUGGCCAGCACACAACGGCGCAUGGGCUGCAACCUUGCCGCCCACUGCGUUCUUCACCAAAGCUCUCUGAGUUUAUGCAGAGGAGCCCCUUGCCGACAAUUAUGGGCUCUCCCACAAAGGCUAUGUCUCCCUUCGAGUUCAACAAAACCCCAAGCUCCCAAAACCUGCUUGCCCUCCUGGCCCACCAGGGUGUCAUGAUUGCCCCAACGAGGAACAAGACUCUUCCGGAUCUGAAGGAAAUGGGCCAUUUCCAGUGCCAGCAGGCAGGGCUGGGCCUGAGGCCAAUGGAGGAAGCCAAGGGCAGAUCGCUCAGUACCGGCCGCCUCACCGACCUCCUCCUGAAGGCUGCCUUUGGGGCCCAGAUCCCUGACACCGGCAGCAGCGACAGCUUGAACAAUGAGAAGCCCAUGGAGAUAGCAGCUCCUUCAGCUGCCUGUGGAGGGAACUUACACUCCGGGGCCAGGGAUGGGGGCUCAGCAAGUCCUUCCCCUGUGAUCUUCACCGUUGGAUCCCCUCCCAGUGGGACGACACCACCGCAGACCACCAGGACCAGAAUGUUUUCAGUGGGAUCUUCUAGCUCCUUAAGUUCCGGAGGGUCUUUCAGUGGACGACACUUAAUCAUGGGAGCUGGCGCUGAUAUGCUGGAAGCUCCGUCGGGGCUCAGAUACACGUUUGCUGACCCCAUCACUGCCAACCUGGAAGGAACGGUAACUUUUGAGGCCCCGGAGCUCCCGGAAGAGACCCUGAUGGAGCAAGAGCACACCGACAUCUUGCGCAGCCUGCGGUUCACCCUGGCCUUCGUCCACUACGUGAUGGAGAUAGCGGCCAUCAAAGGGAGCACCAGUGAGAUGAACAUCUCGGUGGCCUCCGAGUACCAGCUGCAGGAGAGCGUCGUGGCCGACCAGAUCAGCCUGCUCAGCAAAGAAUGGAGCUAUGCCGAACAGCUGGUGCUGUACCUGAAGGUGGCAGAACUCUUAUCCUCAGGCCUCCAGAUGGCCAUCGACCAGAUCCGGGCGGGCAAGCUGUGUCUCUCCUCCACGGUCAAGCAAGUGGUGCGGAAGCUGAACGAGCUGUACAAAUCCAGCGUGUCGUCUUGCCACUGCCUGAACAUGCGGCUGCAGAGGUGGUUCUUGGAUAAGCAGAAGCUGAUGGACCGCAUCAACAGCAUCACUGCCGAGAAGCUCAUCUUCAGCCAUGCUGUGCAGAUGGUUCAGGCUGCGGCGCUCGACGAGAUGUUCCACCACCGAGAGGACUGUGCACAAAGAUACCACAAGGCACUGCUGCUGAUGGAGGGACUCUUGAACAUCAUCACCGAGCAAGGGGACAUCGAGAACAUCAACAAGUGUAAAAUGUGCAUCGAGCGCCGACUCUCAGCCCUGCUGUCCGGGAUCUGUGCGUGACAACGAGCCCUUGCCCCGCAGAU